AUGGACACCUUGAUACCGAAAAGACACCGUCCAGCACGUCCUUCUUACCGACCUACUGUUCCUCUACAACACCAUCACCGCCUUCGCCCUCACCAUUCCUUCUACUACUCCACAGCAUCCCCCGACAAGAAUCUCCCGACAAUUCGUCAAAGCUAUCACCGCCUCAACGAGCACGCAUACGUGGCGAAUCCUCCAAAGAUGGUGCAAUGGGUAGUCGCAGUCACGCUGCUCGCGACCUUUUUGGCAUCGGCUCUCGCCGACUCAGUCGCCGCAGCAGCUGGUGGCAUCAAGCAUGUCCUGGUCCACGAAGCACAUGGAUACCACGAUGAAGUAUGGGCGGCAUUCCUUGGCGAUCUCGGCGCUUCACCGCACAUCAAGACGACAUUCAGUCGCCACUAUGUCCGGUGGAACAUGCCGAUCAUUACCGAUACAUUCUCCUCCGUCAAUCCGCUCACAAUCGUCGGCUUCAACGCCAGUAAACCGGAGUUCCCGAUCACGCCCGAGAUGGUGAUUGAAAACAAGGUGGAUUACAUCCUUUCCAUCAGCUGCGACGCCUCACUCUACUAUUUGCCCGCAGAGUUCCAGCGCCUCUAUCACGAAACCGAUGUGAAGCUGCUUUGCGUGAAUCACGACACCCAUAACAUGGCUGGUGCAGUCAAGCAGUAUCAUGACGUUACCAAGCUGUGGAUCGACUCGGAUCGAAUCACCUUCUUGGUCCUCAGCGAACACGUAGGCAAGGCACUUCAAAGGCAAAUGCUCAGCCGAGGAUCCAAGCCCAUCAGCUACGAGGUGUACAUUCCCGUCUUUGACCUUCCUUCCGGCAUCGAGACCGCGACAGCCGAAGACAAGCAGAUGCAGUUUGUCAUCCAAGGCAACUUUGAGCCUGGUCGCAGGGACUACGGUCUAGUCUUUGACCACUUUCGCAAGGGACUCGCUGCUCUCCCUCCCGCGUCCCUAAAGCCAAAGCUUGUCUUGAUCGGCUCAGGCAAGCCGCUGGCGAUUCCGUCCGACCUCAAGGGCAAUGUCGACAUGCACAUGAACCUCGAAUACCCAGAGUACUACAAGACGCUUGGUCGAUCAGCUGCACUGCUGCCGGCAUUUGGUCAAGCCUCGUACUACACCGAGAAAGCUUCGUCGACCAUCAAUGCCGCUAUCAUCGGUGGUGUCACCAUCAUCGGAAACCAAACCAUGCUCGACUCGUACACGUUCCUUGACGACCGCGUUGUUUUCAAAAUGCAGCCGGGGGAAUCGGAUGUCCAAGCAGCAAUGCGGUACUUGGCCUUAGACACGGCGACGAGGAACAGCAGGCUGAAGUACAUUCGAGAAUAUCGCCAUCGGGUCAUCAAACAGAAUCGCGAGCUGCUGGAGGAGCUCGUCAAUCCGCAGGCUGUCGCAGCUUUCAAGGCAAGCCACGAUGCAGUCGGUGCCUUCAGCGGGUACGUUGACCGAGUCAAGAGCGUACCGACGGAGCACCCGCGCUCGUCGGGUGCCGGGUUCGUGGUCUUCAUCGGUCUCGUCAUCGCUUUCGUCUUCAGAAGAUCGCUGGUGAAGCAGGCUCGACAGGCGAAGUACACGUACCUCGGUGGAAGGGAGCAUCACGUGCCCGUGUCGAUGGCGAGAAGUGAGACUUCCACGCCAGCUAUGCGAUCCGCUGCUUGA